AUGGCUCAACGGCGUGCUUUACUGAAUGAGAUUUAUGCUCCCUUAAAAAAAUUUGAGGAAGGAUCAAAAGAGUGGUAUGAACUUUUUAAUUCUGGAAAAGUCUGGAGAGACUAUUAUUGUCCAUUUGAAUGGCGUGCAAAAGAUUAUGAAUAUCAAGAAAAAAAUAUCCAUUACUUAAAAGAGAUUGAUUUACUUAGCACCAAAAGUCCCAUUGUGAAGAUCUUGCAAAAUAUGAUUGUGAAUUUUUCACAUAGAAGUUGUGCUAUUGAAGCGAAUACAUUAGAACUAUCAGAAUCACAGGAAAUUUGGGACAGGCUGAACAAGUCUUAUAAUCUAAAUAAUUUAUUGAAGAAUGAGAAAUUUCCUCCUCCAAGUUCUAUUUCUUCUUCUGAUAAAUCCGAAAAAGAGAUUAUUGAGGAUACUCCAAUGGAAAAUUUUUGUCCAUGGUAUAAUAGAAAAAAUAUGCAACAAGCAGGAAAAUUUCGAACAUUUGUAGUACAAUCAUACGGUGAUCCUUUUACAGUUUAUCCGUAUGAUGUAGAAGUACCUGCACUAAUGGAAGAGUUUAUGAAGUUUCACGAUGAAAGCAAAAAUAUUGCCAUUCAUCCUAUCAUGAUUUCUUGUCGUCUUAAUGCAUCCCUAGCUCAUAUUCAUCCGUUUUAUGAUGGUAAUGGACGCGUGAGCCGUUCAAUUAUGGCACAGUACCUUAUUUGUAAUGGUUAUCUACCUGCUAUUUUUCACCAAGUUAAACGAGAAGAUUAUAUAAACUCAUUACGUGAAAUACAGAGGGGGAAAGAUGCUUCUCUGCUGUAUGACAUAGUGAUUUCUGACAUUUUAUCGUCUUAUCAUGCUCAUAACAAAUUGUGA